AUGGACUCAUCUUCCGAAGAAGUUCCCAGCCACAUGGCCAUUGGACAAUCACGCAGCCUGGCAGUCAACUUUAUGUGGUCGAAAAUGCACAUCUACGUGACAGACUUUGAACCCAAGAACCCCAACCCCAAGCUAGUCUACGAUGUGAACUGCGACAUGCUCGCCCCACACCUGAAAUUCAAGUCAAUGGAACAAGACCGACAAGUCGGAACUGGCACCAUCCACGCCAUCUCCAUUAGUCCUGACUUCGAACUACACGGUUCCAAAGGAACUCUCCGCGCCAAGAGCCGAUUGCGAACCAUGUACACGCACUAUUCACACAUCUACUCCGACACAGGAAAACCAGCCAAGAUGUCCUGGACUAGCAACAGCGGGUUCAAGACAUGGGACUUUAUCUGCUGCGACGAGAACCAGAACCCUGUCGCGAAAUUCUCGGCCAAUGUCUGGGCUGUGAAGAGAUUCGCCAAGAUUGAACUGUUGGGUCCCAAGGCUUUUGAUACAGCCGCUAUGGAUGAGAUCGUUGUCGUUGGCCUUACCCUGUGCUAUUGCAUGUAUAUGAGAGUCAACAACCCCUUCAAUUUGCUUGGGUCUGCUACGAUGCGCUCGAGCAAGGACGCAUAUAUCGAGCCUCCACAAGCGCAGCCUGUGCCUACCCAGCCGGCACAGGGAAAGAUCAUUGAUUAA